AUGAAUUUUGGCAGUAGAAAUGAAGACACAGGGUAUAACAGUACUGUGAAGUUUAUACAAUUCGAUAUGGAUCAGAUAAAUGGGAAUUCCGGGGGUAGCACCACCCAUGCAGAUGCCAAUAAAAGGCAUUAUUAUAAUACUACAUCAAAUUAUGUGCUCAAACUUAUAGAAUCCCAGGAAAGUUUUUAUUCGAUAGAUUUAUGUAUUGGCCAGCCACAAUGUCAAAAAGUAACCGUUUUGCUAGAUACCGGCUCAAGUGACUUAUGGAUUAUGAGUCAUAAUAAUAAGUAUUGCAAAGAAAUUACUUCAACCGUUGAAAUCGGCACGAAUAAAAUAAAUUGUAAUAAAUAUGGUACAUUCGAUGUAAAUAAAUCAAAAAGUUUUAUUACUAUACCCAAUUCUAAAUACCUGGUCGAAUAUUUAGAUGAUACUAGAGUGGAAGGGAUAUGGGGGAUUGAUAAAUUUUGGCUUCAAGGUGGAAAUAGCGAUGAUUACAUAUUAGAUUUACCGUUCGGGGUCGGGUUUGAUUCUAAUUCCACUGUAGGUGUACUAGGAAUAGGAAUACCCAGGCACUCGAAAACAGACAAUAAAAAAUUUCAAAUAACAUAUCAAACGGAAAAUUUACCAAUGAGACUAUAUAAUAAGGGGUUAAUUGAAUGGCCAUUAUAUUCAAUAUAUCUAGUUAAUGAUGAUUAUGAUUAUGAUGGUGAUGGUGUAGAAAGUUCACAAAUAUUAUUUGGUGCAGUUGACAAUUCCAAAUAUGAAAUUGGUACAUUGAAAACAUUUAAAAUGAUAAAUUCAGAAAAUCCUAGUUUACCACCUUUUAAGUUAGAAAUCCCAUUAACCAAUAUAUAUCUAGGCAACAAUAGUAUCAGUAGUAUUGGCGAUACAAAAGAUAGUAAUAAAGGAAAUAAAAAAUUUAUAGGAUGCAUUUUAGAUACCGGUUCUACAUUUAACCAUUUCCCACAAGUGGCAUUUGAUAGUUUGGUACACUUGGUUAAAAGAGAAUUUGGUGAUGAUGCAAUACGGUAUUCUAAUAUCAGCGAUGGUACCAGUAGUAACACGGGUGAGUUUACUGGAAGUACUUCUAAAAAUGGGCCCUAUUGCUAUUUGAGAAUUAAUAAUACCGAAAAAGAUUAUAACAAAUUAGAACAAAUGGAACUCAAAAUUGAAUUUUCUUCAUAUCAUAAUAUAACUAUAAAAUUAAGCGAUUUACUAUUACAAAAUAUACCUAUAUUGGUCGCAGAUCCGCUCACCAGUACCACCACCAUUGCUAAUACUAGCAUUAGUAGGGUUACUCAAAUUGAAUAUAUAAUUGGUGUUUUCCCCAAUGAAAAAUUACAUUCUAUAAUUUUAGGAAAACUUUUUAUGAAAAAAGUUUACACUAUAUUUGAUUUAAAAAAUUUUCAUAUAUCUAUAGGUAAUGUGAAAGUUAAUACAGUGAAUAACAGAAACAGUGGUAGUAGAAUUAGUUGGAAUAAAAUCAUUAAAUCGGUCGUUUAUUAUAAUGUAGCUAAGAAUAUUGGACUUGAGAAAUCAUUAAGUAUGGAUGGUAGUGUUACUGGUAGUCAUACCUGGGAAGUUGCAUUUGAUAAUGUUUACAACAACAGAGGCAUGAGAGGUUGUUAUUAUUCUUAUAAAUGCAGUGUAAUAUUGAUGCCAUUAUUAUUGAUAGUCUUAUUACUAUUAUAA